AAGUUCCCCAACGGGUGCAGAAACGUAAUGAAAUUCAAAUAGAGCAAAUUUUCACACAGAGAUUGGGGCUGAGUGAGAGAGAUCGUGUGUUACAGAAUCGGGGAGUGUACUCACGUCACGGCUAUGGCGAUGGAGCUAGAAAGGGCUGUGCGGCUGGAGUUUCCUUUUUGGAGUCCGGCUCGUAGACGGUACGGUCCAGAUGAUCCCUUUUUUGCUGCUGGCAACAUCGAAAGACAACUUCUCGCCAAACAGGUAGCACUGGAUUUGACUGAAGCAGAGAAGCAGGUGGUUCGAAAUAUGGAUUACGGAGAAAGCAGUCAGGAAUACAACACUGAGUCCAGUUGCAACCUACCUUUGAUCAGUGAUGUCUUCUGUCCAAUCAUUGGAUGUGGUGCAUGGUUGCGGUGUUUGGAUGACUUUGAAGAUCACUACAAUGCACGGCAUUCUGCAUCUUGCUCCGUCUGCUCGAGAGUUUACCCCACAUCACGCCUGCUGAGCAUACAUAUAUCUGAAGCUCAUGAUUCAUUCUUUAAGGCAAAAGUUGCCCGUGGGUUUGCCAUGUAUGAAUGCCUUGUGGAAGGCUGUGGUGCUAAACUGAAUAGCUACAAAAUCCGGCAACAGCACCUGGUUGACAAGCAUAAAUUUCCAGCUUCCUAUGAGUUCUUCAGAAAAGCCCAUCCAUCAAAGAAAAGAAGACAGAAAAACCAACAGCGGCAAGCAUCAUUUAAGACAGAGCAAGACUCAAAUGCAAUGCAAGUGGAGGAUGAGGCUAUGGACAAACUCGUUUCAGCAGUCUCAAAAUUAAGCACUUCAGACUCUCCUUCGACCAUCAGUUUUGGUCGUAAUAGAAAUCGUGGCUUGGCUUUCAUGCCUCGAGCGGUUCAGUGUGAGAGAACACCAAGACCAGACUCCUCGCAGUGCUCAGUUGGCAGUGCAUUAAAUCGGAGAAAGUAACAGGAGGUUAGGGUGCAUCUGAUUUGAGUUGUUUUAUUGUAUGGAGUCAAAUUUUAGACUUUGUUUGACCAAUAUGCUUCAUUUCAUUUUGAAGAAGUUAAACAGAUUUUGUUGAUUAUGAA